CUUUUCGGCACUGAUAAUAAAAAGCUCACACUUACACAUACACACACACACACACACACAUAUAUACAUAAGACUUACGUACUAUUUGUUUAAACAGUUUAAAUACGACUGCAAAGUAUGACUACAGUUUCAGAUUGGAGAACACAGAACAGACCCGUGGCAGGAAAUGAUCAACUCCGUCUUAUGCAAAAAAUGGACACGGACUCAGCGGCACUUCGUAUGGUUUUGGGGGGAUAUUAUCUAUGUGUCUAUGUUGCACACUUGGACAAGACCGCUCAUCAAGGUGGACCUUCAUUAACGACGUCACUUCCUUGUGCAAAAUCCACGCUCACUGGAAUCCGCACGAAAGAGAUAAAUAAGAUGGAGAAGUCCGUUGUUCAACUUCUUCGAGAGGCCGCCGCAGCACUUGAAGAUAGGAGUCCAAGCCAAACUCCAGAUAGGCCGGUGACUGUAUCAGGUGCUGGGACAUCAGCUCGUCAUGGAGCGAGUGGAACGCGGGCGGAGGUAUUAAGGCUUUUUAGGCCAUAUAAUCGGCCUCAAAGUGCUCCAUGCUUGAUGCCAAAGACCACCAAAAAAACAUUCACGCACAGAUUCUUCUGCCUGGCCAACCGGCGGCAAGAACUUGUUCCAGGGACAGCAGAAAAAUAUGAAUUAGAGAAGGCAGGCCUGGGAGAAAGAAGACUAACAUUUUCUGAUAAAUUCUGCACUGCCGCUGAAUUCGCCAAUAUCUUACUAUCUCAUUACCCUGCUUUGCAUGACUGUGGGGGCUACCAACUCCUUCGGAUAAGAGGUUCCUCACGGUCUCGAAUGCUAGCAGUGAUUGAUUGCCCCAGUAAUGGGUACACUCCCCAUUAUUUAUGCACGUCAGCCAACAUUGGCCAAGCUAUUAUAUAUGUGAGGCCUCUACAGAAAGAUAUCAGUUUACAGAAUCUCACACAGACACAGGAGGAUGAGUCAGUAACACAGUGCAUGGUGACUUGUAUGUACUGUGGCCAGAAUUUCAUGAUGAACCACAUUCAAGACCAUGUUGAUGUCUGUGAAGCUGCCCAUCCGGAAUCUCAGGCCACUGCUUCAUCCUCACCCUCCACCCAUCCAGCAUCUCAGGCCACUGCUUCAUCCUCAUCCUCCACCCAUCCAGCAUCUCAGGCCACUGCUUCAUCCUCAUCCUCCACCCAUCCAGCAUCUCAGGCCACUGCUUCAUCCUCAUCCUCCACCCAUCCAGCAUCUCAGGCCACUGCUUCAUCCUCACCCUUCAUCCAUCAAGCAUCUCAGGCCACUGCUUCAUCCUCAUCCUCACCCUCCACCCAUCCAGCAUCUCAGGCCACUGCUUCAUCCUCAUCCUCACCCUCCACCCAUCCAGCAUCUCAGGCCACUGCUUCAUCCUCACCCUCCACCCAUCCAGCAUCUCAGGCCACUGCUUCAUCCUCACCCUCCACCCAUCCAGCAUCUCAGGCCACUGCUUCAUCUUCAUCCUCACCCUUCAUCCAUCAAGCAUCUCACCCCAAUGCUUCUUCCACACCUUCUGACAGAGCCAGCUGGUCAAUGGAACUUUUGUUUGAAGAGUGGAAGCUGGAGCCUGAUUUACAGUCUGCUACAAAAAUGUACCGGGACUUAAUGUUGCAGAAUGCAGAAGACAAGCCUAAUCUGCUGAUAACUUUAGAUAUGCACAGCACAGAGACAGACAGAGAAAGAGCGAUGCUCUUCUUCUAUAAGCAGACCAAUGUUGAUUGGACUCGUCCAUUUGAAGUGCGCUUGAAGGCGGAUAGUGCAAUGGGGGAUGGGGUUAAACGUCACUUAUUUUCUUUGCUAUUGGAUAAGAUCCACACUGGACUACAACUGGACCUUGACACAUGUGGAGGAAAAACCUUAUUUUCCAUUGGCGAAGCAGAUCAUCUGGUUCCCUCUACAUCCAGAACAUUGCUAGAUGGUGACCUUUUUAGGGUGGUGGGGAGAGUAAUUGGCCAUUCUUUCAUCAAUGGGGGGCCAAUGCUGACUGGUCUUAGUCUCUCUUCCAACUGCUGUGUGGAUCCAAAGAUUACACCCCUGUCCUGGAGUUGAAAGACUGUCCUGACCUUGAUGUUAUGGACAUUGUUGCUCUAGUAAGUGCAAACGUAGAAUAAAUUUAUAGAUAUUUAAUACUCAGUCAACAGAAUUCAACAGUUUGUACAGCUAUAUCAGCAUUUGCUUAGAUAGCUUGUAAAUCUAUAACUGCAUAUGUAUUUAAAUCAAAUUAAUGCAGCCUUGUUUAAUGUCUUUUAGGUAUGAUCAGUUGUUCCUGUUUACUUU